CGUCACGUGUCAAUGAGAGCUUUUGAAUUCGGGGAUUCCGAGAACUCACCUGCGGAGGUUUGCAGCAUUGCACGCCGGUUGUUCUCCAUUCACACCCCAUCCACAGCAAACGACUGCCUUCCGAAAAGAUGAGUCAACCAAAUUCCGCCGCCAUCAGCGCGGUACCUCCGGUCGUCUCGGUGCCAGCGCCGCGCCCAGCUGCCGCGCAGGGCGGUCUCGGCGGUAUCGUCAACAGACUUGCUGCGUUCCGCCAGAGGAUGAACUUGAGCUCGCCGGGGAACUGGGAGAGCUUGCACCGUGAAUUGAAGAUGGUCCAGCCGACCAACUUCUUGAUUGAGGGAGCCAAGUUCGAUUUGACUUCGGUUCUGUCGCCCAACUUCACUGUGUUCCACUCAUUCGCAUGGGGUUCUGCUCAGUACCCGCCUACGUACCACUUCGGAUCUGUAUAUGCGGCCGGACAGACCAUGUUGCACGGCCAAAUUGACGACCAGGGUGGUCUUCAGGCCCGCGCACACUACAACUGGGCUACUUCCCCGGCGCCUGCUGUCGCAACGGAGCAGUUCGACCCCAGCAAGCCCGCGGAAGAGCAGCACCCCAUCCCCGACCAGGCGCGGACGAGCUCCACCAGCAAGGUCACCGCGCACCUCGCCGCAGCGGGCGGCCAGAACAUGGUACAGCUCGAGCACGACCACAUCGGCACGGACUACUCCCUCAACGUCAAAGCCAUGAACCCCAACCCCAUCGACCGCUCCCCAUCCUGGGGCCCCAAGAAGGGCACCUCCGCCACCGGCGUCUACCAGCUCGCGUACCUCCAAUCCGUCACGCCCUCCAUCGCCCUCGGCACCGAAUUCGUCUACCAGCGCAUGACCCCCGACACCGAGGACUCGGCCCUGACCUUCGCCUUCAAGUACGCGCCCGCACCUACCAGCCCCGUACCUCCCCCGGCCACCUUACCCCCGGGCAUGCCCUCCCCCUUUCCCCCCGUCGACCCCAAAGCCCCCUCGCAGGUCUUCACGGCCACCUACUCCCCCGCCACGGGCCUGCUCCACUCGUCCUACUGGCGCCGCCUCAGCCAGCGUCUGGAGGUAUGCUCCGAGCUGCAGCUCCUGCUGACCCCCGAGAACAGGAUGGGACCUGGUAGGAGGGAGGGUCUGGCCUCGGUGGGCUUCAAGCUGGACACGAUCAACUCGACGAUUAGGGGUAUGAUUGAUACUACUGGGAGGUUGAGCGCUGUACUUGAGGAACGGAUUGUGGGUGGGAUUGCGUUCCAGUUGAGUGGGGAGAUUGACUAUGCGAAAGGAGGCGGUGGUCAGGGCCGGGUUGGGCUUGGCUUUGUUAUGGAGGCGUAGAGGAGAAUGUCGUUUCGCGACCCCUCUUCGCGUCUUGUAUUUAGAUUCUCGUGUACUGAAGUAGUUAGCCCAUCCUGCGUGCGCUUCCGAUGGAGCGUAGUAGGCAGUGGCAGCUGGCAUACAUUCCUCCACAUCCC